CCCAGCCUUGCAGAGUCCCCGGAAGUGGCCGCGUGAGAGGCCGAGCUGAGCCGGUUCGGGGUAGCGGGACUCCGGGUACUGGGGCGCUGCUCCCGCGCCGGUCAUGAACGGGCCGGCGGACGGCGAAGUGGACUACAAGAAGAAAUAUCGGAAUCUGAAGCGGAAGCUCAAGUUCCUCAUCUACGAACACGAGUGCUUCCAGGAGGAGCUCAGGAAGGCGCAGAGGAAAUUACUAAAGGUGUCCCGGGACAAGAGUUUCCUUCUAGACCGACUUCUGCAGUAUGAGAACGUGGAUGAGGACUCUUCUGACUCCGAUGCCACGGCGUCCUCAGAUAACAGUGAGACAGAGGGGACACCCAAAUUGGACACACCAGCUCCCAAGAGGAAGAGAAGCCCUCCGCUAGGGGGAGCCCCUUCCCCCUCCAGCCUCUCCCUGCCUUCUUCAACAGGGUUUCCCCUUCAGGCUUCUGGGGCUCCCUCCCCAUAUCUGAGCUCGCUGGCUUCCCCUCCUUACCCCCCAUUCCCUUCUGACUACCUGGCCCUGCAGCUGCCCGAGCCCAGUCCCCUGAGGCCCAAGCGGGAGAAACGGCCCCGCCUGCCCCGGAAACUCAAGAGCCAUCACUCUGGCUGCAGUGUGGAGGAGGAGCUGGAUCUGGGAGAGGCUGAAGGCAGGGAGUCCAGUUAGGAGGCUGGUACCUAGCCCAGAUGGCGGUGGGACCUCCUGACUGCCCUGUGGGCGGGCCACUGACCUUCCCUGCCCGGGGUCCUGGGACUGGGGUCGGGGCAGCUCUGACCCCCCUCCCCCCUCCUAAGAUGCCCCCCCAUACCAUCCUGAGCACCGUCCCUCGGCAGAUGUUCAGCGAUGCAGGCAGUGGGGAUGACGCCCUGGAUGGGGAUGAUGACCUGGUGAUCGACAUCCCGGAGUGACCAGCCAGUGCCAUGUGCCAGGCCCUGCCCAGCGCCCCUCCCUGUGCCAGCACAAGAGCCCCAGCUUCCUCAGAGGUGUUUAUUGAUGCCCAGUUGCCAUACUUCGGCUACUGACACAAUCAGAAAAGGCGUAAACAUGCACAGUUGUCCCCUAGGAAGGGGGCAGGGGCCCUGCCCUCACAUUCUGGCCCCUGCCAGGGGACAGUUAUUUGAAUGAGUGGCCAGGAGGAUCUGGCGCCUCUUAUGGAGGCAGAGAUCCUGUGGAGACCACCCCUUGAAAAGGGCAGCUGUACAGGGCUAGGACCUUUUUUUUUUUUUUUUCUUUUAAAUGAAGAUUCUGUAUUAAAGGAUUGGCUCU